AUGCUAAUAUUGUUUCUAUUCUGCAACUCUAAUUCAAAUAUUUUGUAUUAAAAUUUCAAUAGCCAUACAUAAAUAAAUGGUAGAUGUUAUGUUUAAUUUUAGAUUGGGGUUUAAAUUAACACUAAUGUACAUGUAAUUGUUUGGCCACAAUAUCAGUUUGCAACGCUCAAUCAAUCCUAAAAAUAAAUUAAUGCGAUUAAGCUUAUGAAUAUAAUAUAUUGAUUUACAAAACUUUUGAGUUAAAUCCACAUUAUGAAAUAAGCCUUUUUUUUAAGUUUUGGAGGUAUUUGUAAUUCAAAAUUUUAGAAUUGAUGAAUGGAAUAAUUAUUAAUUUUAUGUGUAUGUUGAUUACUAAAUUAUACACUAAGCUACUUAUUUUAAUAAUUAAGGUACAAAUAACUUAUGUGAGGAUGAUUUGAUAAAUGAUGAAACUUAUUUAUUGUCAAAAACUUUAGAGCAUUCAAGUCCAACUGUUACAAUAGUAAUCGUUUCUUAAAAGGGAACUUGGGGUAUUUCUGAUUUUGAGUUACAAAUUGAGGAAUGCCCUCCAGGAUGCAAUUUCUGUAAUAAUAAAAAAUGUUUUGACUACAAAUUAAUAAUUGCUUAGUUUGUUUAGAAGACAAUUAGUACAGUAUCAAUUUUAGAGGGAUGGUCAUAUAAUAAUUUAGUUUAAACAUCUGCAUCAUUCUGCAUAGGUAUUUUUAUAAAUAUUUUAGAUUUUUUCUUUCAUUAUGUUUCUGGUACUCAUUUAGUAAAAGAAAUUUCAUUAAACAGGCAUUCAAAUAUAAGCUUUUAAAUAAAAAUUAUUAUUAGAAAUUCAAGUCCUACAGAAAUUAAUGUAAAAAUUGAUGAGAAUGUUGUAUAUACAACUCAGUAUAAUGAAGGAUGGAUAAAAUUUCCUGCUGGGUUAUGUUAAUAUAUAUCAUUAAAAUCAAUUCUAAUAAUGGAUUAUAUUCAUUCAAGUUCAUCGGUAAAGAUUAAAGUCUAAGGUAAUAAUAAUGUAUAAUUGAUUGGAAUUAGAGAUUUUCAAUUAUUUAUUAAUGAAAAUAGCAAUGAGAAAGAGAUAUGUAUGGAUAAGAAUAUAAAUGCUUUUGAUGGCUGCUUUGCUUUUAAUUAUGAUUGUGUAGAAGGUUGUAAGAAUUGUAUUAAAGGUGUUUGUUUGGAUUGCUUAAUAGGAUGGGAAUAUAAAAUAAACGAAUAAUAUUGUUAUCCAAUUUGUGGUGAUUAGAUAAUCACUCAAUUAGAAGAAUGUGAUGAUGGAAAUACUAUCCCUUAUGAUGGUUGUCAUUAAUGUUUUUAUUCAUGUCCAUUAUUUUGUUUGUAAUGUAUAUUUGGACAAUGUUUUUAAUGUGAUUCUUAAUAUCAAUUAUCAUUGAAUAAAAAAUAAUGUCUAUCUAUUUAUAAUGAUGAUAUAAUGACUCCAUAUAAAUUGUAAAAUGAUAUUUUAUUUGAAGAAUAUUAUAAUUAAAAUCAAAAUUGUUAAAUAGAAUGUUAGCUUUGUAUUUAUAAUUAAUGUAUUCUUUGUUUGGAAGGAUGGAUAUUGAGAGAUAAUAAAUGUUAUUAAUAGUGUGGAGAUGGAAUGGUAGCUCUAUCAUCAAUAGAAUAAUGUGAUGAUGGUAAUCAAAUAGAAAAUGAUGGAUGUUUUUAAUGUUAAUUUCAAUGUAUUCCUAAUUGUUUUUCAUGCAUCAAUAAUAAUAAUUGUUUUAUUUGUAAUGAUUAUUUCUAACUUGAAAAUAAUUUAUGUCAACCUAUAUGUGGAGAUGGUGUGAUUAUUAAUGGAUUUGAAGAAUGUGAUGAUGGAAACAAUUAUCCAUUAGAUGGAUGCUAUUAAUGUAAAUUCUAAUGUUCUGAUCAUUGUAUUCUAUGUGAAAAAGAAAACUAUUGUAGUUAAUGUGAUAAUCUUACCAUAUUAGAUAAUAUAACUAUGCAAUGUAUUCAAUUAAAUAGAGAAGAGUAAACUUUAAAUCAAGAAAUUAAAAUUUAGACUGAUAUAAACAAUUAAAAUCAAAUUUCAGAUCUUAUUCAUUUAUGUGGGGAUGGAACAAUCAAUUCCUAAAAUGAAUAAUGUGAUGAUGGUAAUACCAUUUCUUUAGAUGGAUGUUCUAAUUAAUGUGAAAUAGAAAAAGAUUGGAGCUGUUUAAAUUAACUCAAACAUAGUUAAUGCUUUAUUAAUACUUCUUUUACUUUAACAUUAUUAAAAAAUAAAAAUUAAAUCUAAUAUGUCUAAUUAUCUUUUACAAAUAAAGUUCGUUUAAAAGAAUCUACAUAAUCCUUUUUGGAUAAUUUAAGAUAUUUUAUUUAUGAUAUUCCUUCAAAAUUAUAUUAUAUUAAAGUUAAGGAAGUAAUCUCAAUAGACUAAUUUAUAUUAAAUUAUCCAAUCUAUGAAUUUGAAAUAAGGUUUUAUGAAUCAUAAAUUAAUUAACCCAUCUUAAAAGUAUCAAUUAAUGCAAGUCUAUUAGAUUAUAAUAAUUUUUAAUUAGAAAACAAUGAAAAAAGUCUUAAUUUAUAAAUUCCAAAUAUUUUAACUGAAUUUUAAAUGGCUACAGCAAUCAAACUCUAUACAUUUUCAUUUUGGAUGAUGAUUGGAUUAGGUUCAGGUAGUUUUCUCCUCUUAAUUUUUGGGGAUAUUGCAUCUUUUACUGAAAUAUUAGAUAUUCUUCAGUAUCAAUCCUAUUUGAAAUAUAUAAAUGUUAAUUUCCCUGAUAAUGUUCUGAUUUACUUUGAAUCAUCUGAAAUAGUAACUAUUGCACCUAUUUUAAAUACUUUAAAAGUAACUCCAGUUUUUGAUAAAUUAAUUGGUGAGAAUCAUAUUGAUAGUGUUAAUAAACUUUAUGAAUAUAAUUUAAAUGCAGAUUUAUUAAUUAAUAUUUACGGUUAAAUCAUUCAAAUAAUAAUUUGUUUAAUAAUUUAUUUCCUCAUUACUUAUUUAAGCAAAUAUAUUUAAAAUUGUUUUUCUCCAUCAUGUUUAUCAACAAGAUAGAAUUGUAACAAUAAAUUCAUUGAAUGGAUUAUAAUUAAGAGUUUUUUUUUUUUUGAAAAGUUGAAACAAUUUGGAUCUUCUUUGAAUUUUAAAGAAACAUUAUUGUAAAUUUUUUAUGCAAAUAGUUGGGAUCUAAUUUUCAAAGUUUUCAAUUAUUUAGUUUCAAAGAAGAAUUAUGAAAUUAGAAUAAGAACCAUUAUUUCAAAUAUAUUAAGUAUUGUUUGGUUAAUUAUUGUGGUUAUUAUUUUGAUUUCUAAUUUUUAACGCCAGAAAUCAAUGAUGAAAUUAAAAGAAUUAAGAUAUUAAUAGCAUGAAGUUAUAAUCUUAUUAAAAAAACUUAUUUUUCUGAUUGUUUUAAUUUGUAUUUAAAGUGAACCAAUUUUUUAAUGUGUUAUGCUAAGUACUUUAAUACUUUGUUAUAUUGGUUUAAUCAAAAUAAUUAAAUUUACAUCAGUAGUUGAUGUUAUUUUUAUCAUUUGGUUAUAAGCUCCUGUAAUGAUUUUUACCUUGAUCAGCCUAGCUUAUUGUCAUGAAUUUCAGAGAUAUAUAACAACUGAUGUCUAUUUCUAAUUAGGAUUUAUUUAAAUUAGCAUUUUAAUCUUCGGUUUGUUUGGACCCUUAAUAAAGUGUGGAAUAUUAUGUUAUCAUAAUGCUAAGAAGUUAUUUCCGAAGAAAAAAUAAAUCGAGAAAGCCUAAGAAAUAAAGAUUUUCACAUAACCAUGA